UUCUUCUCUUCUUUACUGUCCACUUCCCCCUUCACCUUUAGGAAACUGGCAGGAUGCACUCUCUUCAUCACUGGUGCGAGCCGGGGCAUCGGCAAGGCCAUUGCUUUGAAAGCUGCCAAGGAUGGUGCCAACAUUGUGAUAGCUGCCAAGACAGCUGAGCCCCAUCCUACUCUUCCAGGGACUAUCUACACUGCUGCAGAAGAAAUUGAAGCAGCUGGAGGAAAGGCUUUGCCAUGCAUUGUUAAUGUGAGAGAAGAACAGCAAAUCAUUAAUGCCGUGGAGAAAGCUGUGAAGACUUUUGGAGGGAUUGAUAUUUUGGUGAAUAAUGCAAGCGCCAUCUCUUUGACGGGCACUUUGGAAACAGCAACAAAGAAGGUCAAUCUUAUGAUGGAUGUCAACGUACGAGGAACCUAUCUUACGUCUAAAGCAUGUCUUCCCCACUUGAGGAAGAGUAAGAACCCCCAUAUCCUGAACCUUAGUCCACCGAUGAAUCUGAACCCCAUGUGGUUCAAAAAUCAUUGUGCUUAUACCAUUUCUAAAUAUGGGAUGUCCAUGUGUGUCUUGGGAAUGGCAGAAGAAUUUAGAGGAGAAGUUGCUGUCAAUGCUUUAUGGCCUAAAACAGCCAUACAUACAGCUGCUAUGGAUAUGCUGGGAGGAGCUGGAAUAGAAAAACAGUGCAGGAAGACAGACAUCCUGGCAGAUGCUGCAUAUUGCAUUUUGACAAAACCAAAAACUUUCACUGGGAACUUCAUUAUUGAUGAAGUUCUGCUGAGAGAAGAAGGAGUUAAGGAUUUUGAUGUUUAUGCAAUUGCACCAGGUCACCCUCUGAUGCCUGACUUCUUCUUAGAUGUUGAAAUUGACACUACAGCUAUGAAGCAAGAAGGAUAUGGUGCUGCCCAAGAGCAGAAGAAAUUAAGCAGAUCCCAGCAGGAAGGAGCAGAUGCAGCCAAGGCUAAGACAGACUCUGCUGCAGCCACGCCAUCGGCAAUAUAG